CUGCAUGUGUGUCAGUGUGUGUGUGUGUGUGUGUGUCGGUGAGGUGGAGGCGGAGAGAGGAAGAAACCAGCGAGGCUCAAGAGCGCAAUGGCCAGUUGGCUCUCCCGGUGUACGAGUCCACGCCGGUUGUUUCCUUGGCCGGUUUUCUUUAAUUUGCUGCUGCUUCUGUCUUUUAACUGACUGCCACUCAUCAGCGAGCCUUUGAUAAUAAGCAAUUAACAGAUCUACAAUCCACGCUCUAUUUUCUUCAAUAUUCGCCCUCUCCUCGCCAUUGUACGUCCGAGAAGGCCGCCGUUACUUCUCUGCCGCGUCAUUCCCAUUCUCUCAUCGCCCUUCAGCCCCUCACUUUUGUUACCCUAAUGGGCACCGUAUCGGGCCGCAAGACCGUCUUAUUUUCACUGACCUCUUCCCAGCCGUAACCGCCUCAUCUAAAACGCAAACACCACAAUCAGCGUGACCCGAUGGAGACAAAAGAUCUGAUGAUGGCCAACAUGUCGACAAAGGACAGAUGGGAGAGCGAGCCCGAGAGAGGCAAGGAGAGCGAGGAGGUGAAGGCACAAGAGGAGGCUACUCAGGACGAAAAUUGUCGACUGAUGCUGCCUGACGGUCUUGCGGAGAGAGGACCAAAGAGCCCGAACUCGGCUUCCGGGCAGCAGGUGUCCAACGGCUUCACCGCGUCCGGCGGCUCGCAGAGCUCCAAGGAGGGGGCGGGGCUUCCCGAAGCGUACUCUCCGGGUUCGGCCACGGGGCCCGCGGGCGGCUCCGGGUCUACUGAACCGCUGGGAGGCCUCAGGACUCUGGUGGUCCAACAAACCAGCUUGGACCGGCCCAGAGAAACUUGGAGCAAGAAGGUGGACUUCUUGCUCUCUGUGAUCGGCUACGCAGUGGACCUCGGCAAUGUGUGGCGUUUCCCUUACAUCUGCUACCAAAAUGGAGGAGGUGCCUUUUUGCUUCCCUAUCUGUUGAUGGCGGUGUUUGGAGGCGUCCCGCUCUUCUACAUGGAGCUGGCUCUCGGUCAGUUUCACCGCAAUGGCUGCAUCUCCAUCUGGAAACACAUCUGCCCCAUCUUCAAAGGUAUAGGCUUUGCUAUCUGCAUCAUAGCCCUCUACAUAGCCUUCUAUUACAACACCAUCAUGGCCUGGGCCUUGUACUACCUGUUGUCGUCGUUCCAGCCCACCCUUCCGUGGACCACGUGCACCAACAGCUGGAACACGGGCAACUGUUACAGCUACAUGUCCACUGACCAGAAUGUUUCAUGGUCCAACUCUUCCAUCUCCCCCGCUGAGGAGUUCUAUACUCGACACGUGUUGCAGGUCCACCGCUCUUCAGGUCUGCACCAGCUGGGUUCCAUCAGCUGGCAGCUGGCCCUCUGCCUGCUUUUCAUCUUCACCGUCGUCUACUUUAGCAUCUGGAAAGGCGUCAAGACAUCAGGAAAGGUGGUCUGGGUGACGGCCACUUUUCCAUAUCUGGUCCUCCUGGUGCUCCUUGUCCGUGGGGCCACCCUACCCGGGGCCUGGAGGGGCGUGGUUUUCUAUCUCAAACCUGAUUGGGAGAAACUGCUCAGCACUACAGUGUGGAUUGAUGCUGCAGCUCAGAUCUUCUUUUCGCUGGGUCCGGGCUUUGGCGUUCUUCUUGCCUUUGCCAGCUACAACCCGUUUCACAACAACUGCUACAAGGACGCUUUGGUCACCAGCUCGGUGAACUGCCUGACCAGUUUUCUGUCCGGCUUUGUGAUUUUUACUGUGCUGGGCUACAUGGCUGAGAUGAGGCAGCAGGAUGUGGAUGCUGUUGCCAAAGAUGCUGGACCCAGUCUGCUUUUCAUCAUUUACGCAGAAGCCAUUGCGAACAUGCCAGCUGCAACCUUCUUUGCCAUAAUCUUCUUCCUCAUGAUCAUUAUGUUGGGUCUGGACAGCACAUUUGCCGGUCUGGAGGGGGUGGUCACCGCCAUGCUCGAUGAGUUCCCCAACGUCCUUGUGAAGAGACGAGAGCGCUUUGUCCUUGGCCUCGUUUGCGUCUGCUACCUCGGGGCGCUCUCCACGCUCACAUAUGGAGGCGCUUUUGUGGUGAAGUUGUUCGAGGAGUACGCCACAGGCCCUGCAGUCAUCACUGUGGUGCUGCUUGAAGUCAUCGCCGUUUCCUGGUUCUACGGUACGACGCGCUUCUGCAACGACAUCCAGGUCAUGCUCGGUUUUCACCCGGGAUUCUUCUGGAGGAUCUGCUGGGUCGCCAUCUGCCCCACCUUUCUGCUGUUCAUCAUCAUCAGCUUCCUGGCCUUCCCCCCCGACGUCAAGUUAUUUGACUACCAGUACCCACCUUGGACCACGUCCCUUGGCUACACUAUCGGGGUGUCUUCGUUAAUCUGCGUGCCUGCUUACAUGGUCUACCACCUCAUCAAUGCCAAGGGCACUUUCAAACAGCGUUUAUCAAAGAGCAUCACUCCUGAGCCCAGCAAUGAGCAACACCGAGGCUUCAUAGUCACCAACGCAGUCUGACCCGUCCAUCUCCCCCCCCCUUCCUGUGGCAAUUUAAGCUCCUUAGAGCCCCCUCUUCUGGAUCCCUCGCGCCAGUACAAAACAUCAAGGCUACCUUUCACCACGUUUGCCUCGUCAUCAUGCAUCUCUCGCACCCGAUGUCUUUGUGAAGCUGAUAUGCAUCAAUUUUUUUUUUGGGGAUGUAACAUAGGUAGGAUGAUUGGUUGCAUCAAUUACGUUUGCUUCGGCUCAGUCCGGGUUUGUGAGCAGGUUUUCGUAAACGACAUCUUUCCAUUUCUUGACGAAGCGUAGCUGCACUUUUGUUCAGGCAACACUUAUUUUAUACAAUGAUUUUCAAACUGUACUGAUCAUUUCAACUAGUGCACACAUGAUUGUCCUUCCCUUCUGUUUCAUGCCAUCAUUUGAAUAAUAUACAGAUGAGUUAUGCAUUCUAAUAUGUAGCAAAAUUCAGGUAUUCUCUCUCGUCACUGAGACCAAAUAUAUAUUAUUUGUUCUGCUCAUAUUUCAUGCGAUGUGACGGUAUUGUUGUUCCAUUUUUUUCUUGGACUAUAAAGACAGACUUUCUGAGUUCUAAACACUGCGAAGCGGUGUAUUUUUGUGACAUGUAUUUGUACUGAAUGUGUGUAUGCAUGACGGACUGUUACAUCGGCCUCCAGAAAAAACCUCACGUCGAAGUUGUUUUCCUUCGACAAGCGCAAAACAAAAUGUGCAUUUCUUUUUGACAGGCAUCUGCAUUCCGUCACGUCAGCACAUUUACGUUGCAUAAUGAUGACGCGCGUUCGAGUCACCUUCUGAGCUUGUGGUCGUGUUGCGGCGGCGUCGGUAAUAGAAACCAAAUACGGACUUGAUAGCAUCACCAAGGUCAACUUCUAAAAGUCGACUUAAGACUUCAAAUAUGGCAAGUACUGUACAUCCAUCCCAAUGUGUGUAUUUCCUCAGUGUGGUAGUGGCGUAAUCUAUCCUGUGAAAACCUGUUUAAACCGUGUAGCUGGUUUGUGUGUGUGUGUGUGUGUGUGUGUGUGUGUGUGUGUGUGUGCGCGUGUGUGCGCGCGUGUGUGCGUGUGUGUGUGCGCGUGCGCGCGUGAAAUGUACUCAAGGUGUGUGCAGGAGAGCGAGACGGCGUUGUGUACAAAAAAAUGCUCUCUCGUUGUUGUCAACUGCCAAAUGGCCCGAAAGGACGUGACUCCCUCAAGUUACCUCUCGAGCUCGUAGAAGAUCGAUGUGUCUACAAAAGACAACCCAGAGUGUGUUGACAUCCUUACCUGUAUAGAAUAAACCUAUAGAAAUAUACAAGAUAAUAAAAGCUAUAUGAAGGGAA